UGAGCUGCAAGACAUGAAGUCACUCUCCAGACACGGGAUCACCUCCUGUCAUCGUCUAAGUGUGGGAGACUUUCUUGUCCGAAAAUGAAUUCCAACCGCUUCAGACUUACUGCCGCGCUGUUGCUGGGAGCAACCGGUUUGCUCCUCACAGCAGUUGCUGCAUCUGAGAACCGAGCGACCACCUGUGAUCAUGAGGACGGGAACGUCCACCGCUUAGACUGCCGUCAUGGCGUAAUCAGUGUGAUUGACUCGGUGUGGGGUCGCUCAAACUCGUGGGUCUGCACUGAUGAGGGCCAAUCUCAUCUAGAGCUGGCCAACACAGCCUGCCUUCAGGAAAGCACCGUGGACGAACUCAAGACAAAAUGCAAUGGCAGGAAAUCAUGUGAAGUGAGCCUGACUGGUUUCCACACUCAUGGUACCUGUGAUGGCACCUUCAAAUAUCUGCAGACCACCUUUACCUGCCUGGAACCAAUGACUGUGGUGGCUUGUCAGGGGGCCAUGGCACACUUGGAUUGUGGUUUGGGACACGUUACCAUCGAUGGUGCAGCCUACGGACGCCGCGACCAGACCACAUGCUCCGAGGGAAGGCCCUUCGAUCAGCGACAAAACGUCAAUUGCCUGGAGCCAUCAACUUCCCUGGUUGUCAAAAUGUGUAAGGGGAAAUCCACCUGUUCAGUCCCAGCCAGCAAUGCAAUGUUCACCAACCCAUGUCAAGGCACCUACAAGUACUUGGAGAUUUCCUACGUGUGCAAACCUCCUGAGGCUGAUAACCCGGAUGUCCUCUAAACAGUUCUGCCAUUUGGUCUGGCUUCCAUUCGAGCGAAUUAUUCAAAGGCUCAGCCCGCUCCUUAAUUUAGUUUCCGCCAGACGUAUUUUGGUAUCGCGUGAUGACAGCACCUUCCAGUUUCCGGGUCUGCGUCCUGCUCAAGGCCAUUCCUUCAAUAAUAAAGAUAGCCAUCACAAUGCAAACA